UCAAAGUUAUCCAUCAGGCAGCAUGGUCAAGAACAGCUGUUUGCCAAACUCGAUUUGUUUGUUGUCGCUGCAGUUUUUAAGAAAUCUGAAAAUUUUCAAUAUUCCGUGAAAUAUGGAGAAGUUAGAAGCGCUUAAAAUAUCUUCUAUGCGACCACGUACAAAUAUACUCGAUAGACCGCUGUCCAAGGGCAAAACCGAGGUAUCUCAAAGUAUUGUGGCUCUACUCUUCAGUGAAAUAGUGCAGUACUGCCAGAGUCAAGUGAGCACCGUCCAGGAGUUACAAAACAGAUUACAUGAGCUGGGCCAAGAUGUAGGCACACGCGUUAUUGAUUUAUAUUUCUUUCGUGAACGUAAUGGUAAGCGUGAAACAAAGCUAACGCAAAUGCUGUUGUUCGUGAAGACAACUGUUUGGAAGAAUUUAUUUGGCAAAGAAGCUGAGAAGCUGGAACACGCAAAUGAUGAUGAACGCACUUAUUAUAUUAUCGAAAAGGAGCCGCUAGUGAAUGCGUUUAUAAGUGUCCCAAAAGAUAAGAGUAACUUGAACUGUGCAAACUUCACUGCAGGCAUUGUGGAGGCAGUGCUCACACAUUGUGGAUUCCCCUGCAAGGUGUCGGCGCAUUGGCAUAAAGGCACAACUUACAUGGUUAAAUUUGAAGACUACGUAAUUGCACGCGACAAACAGUUAGAAGAGAAAUAAACGUGUACGCAAUAUUUUUUACAUAUGUAUAUUGAUCACGGUUUUAUGUUCAAUUUUCCAUUUAAUUAGACUAUGUAUACCAAUUAAUAAAAGCUUAUGCACACAUUUCAAGAAUA